GUCCUUGAAAUCCGGCGGAAGCACGUUUUCCAAGAUGGAAGUAAAAACACACGAGGGUGCAAAUGACAGUUCAAAAAAGAAACAUAAAAUCAACAAAACAGUUCUCGACUUGUUUUGGACUUUAGCAGAAGGAGAAGAUUUACAACGUGUUCAGUCUGCCGAGAAGCUCUUAAAUUGUCUUUUGUUAGAAAAGAAUAAGACUGACAGAAAAAAUGUUCUGAGCUAUUGCCUGCAGCGUUUAGUACGUGGUCUAGCUUCCAACAGGAAGUUUGCCCGAGUUGGAUAUGCAGUUGGACUUACAAAGCUGGUGCAGGGUCUUCCAGAGGCAAAUGUGGAAAUGUGAUAAAUCUUAUCACAGAAUACCUUAAAGUUUCCCAACAUGAUGGAAAGGCUGAGGCUGGAAGCAAAUAUCUAGGUCAGGUUUUUGCAUAUGGGUCUUUAAUACGAUCUGAAAAACUGAAGAGAAAAGAGGACAUCAGUGCAGUGACAAGUGAGCUGUGUUCCCUAAGCGCAAAACGCAGUUACAUUAGACCCCUUUGUACUCAGUGUCUUCUGGAUCUUGCGGCGAACAUUGAUUCAGAUGCAUUUUCUAAUGGCAUGUGGUGUCACCUGAAAGGAGAGCUCAGUAAAGGAUGGGAAGAUUGUACUGUAGACAGGCUGUUGCUGCUUCUGGCUUUCAGGAAGAGAGAACAGUCACCUUUAGACAAGACAUUCCUCAAGCAGAAUUGGACUUCUCUCAAAAUUGUUGGCAAAAAAACCUUUACUCACAUCCUUCAUGUCCUUAUGAAAAGUGUAGAGCAGCCACAGUUAGUACCUCAGCUGCUUGAGGGACUGGUUGCUGAGUUGAUUCGCAAAAAGGGUGAUCUUGAACUGUUCUGGAAGAAUGUUGGGAAUCCUCUUGUAGUUUCUACUCUUCCUAGAAAACACAUGGGUUUGGGUCUCUUUUCUCAGCUCCUGACAUAUACGGAUAAUUUGGAACAGGUCUCUAAAAUGCUUUUCCCGGAUGUUGCAAGAGUGAUUUGUCGGACAGCUGACCACAAGGAUUCACAGCUGGAAGUUUGUAAUAAAGUGAAGGCACAGAUAGUGGAGAAAUGCAGACUUCAAGGGGAAAGCACUGGUGUGCUGCAUAUUGUGAAAAAUUUCAUCCAGACUGCUUACAAGCUGAAUUCAACUGAGUUUCUUCAAAGUGCCACCUUCAGUGAAAUUAUAAAUGAACUGCAGAAGGAUGAAGUCCUUGUAUUUGCAAGAGUUUGUAUGGAUGCUGUACUAAAAAAGGAUUCCUGGAAUAUUGGAACUGGGGAGUCAAAACUCAAUGACAAGUGGAGUCGGACAUUGGCAUCAUUUUUGCGACAAGUGGCUGGAAUGCUGGUAUCAUGCCAAAGUGAUUUCACUUGUCAUAUUCUCCAGUUUCUGCUUCUGCAUUCCUUCUUCAGCAUUACAAAGGAGUCUGCAGAUAUUUUGCACUGCCAAGAGGUCGGUGUGGAACUGUCGCAAGCAGAAAGAGCUCACUGCCAAACAAUGUUCUACAGAAUUCUUAGCCAGCUGCUGUCAAUGCGCCCAGAAAAAGUUAGUAAACAGCAGCAUGUAAUGAAUUUCAUAAAGCUGGUGACAAAUUUGGCUCGUUAUGCUCAGGUCCUGCUUGAAAGUUCAGAAAAUGUUAAGCCAGUCAAGGCUAUUGGCCAGGAGGUUCAUGAACAGUGGCAUAAAAUCAUGGAAGUCGUCAAAGAAAUGGAUCAAAAAAAGACAAAGAAGUCAUCUGUGGAAGUAUUAAGCAGCAGUCAUGUCUUCGUACUUCUGAUUCUGCACCUUGCUUUUGACCUAUUCACGGCACCUGCAUCUGCAAUUGAACUCUUGCAAGAUAUUUAUGUAUGUCGUGAAAAGGCAUUAAGCAAAAGAACACAGAAGAAAAUGGAAGAUGAGGGUGAACCAGACUGGGUAGAGGUAAUGACUGAGGUGUUGCUGUCACUACUAUCACGGGCCUCACAGUUUGCCCGCAAGACAACAGUGGCAGUAUUUUGGGCUUUCUCCUCUCAGCUUACACCUUCUGCACUUCUUCUUAUAACAGAGGUUUUGAAGAAUAAGAAAUCAAAGGAAAAUGGAGAAGAAGACUUGUUUGAGUUUGAGGAAAUGGAGACUGAGGAUGAAGCAGCAAAAACAGUGAAUAACACAGAUAAGGAAAAAAGUGACAGUGAUGUUGAAAGCAAUGAAGACAUAUCUGCUGAUGAAAGUGCUGAUGAUGAUGAUAGUGAUGAUGAUAUAGAGGAAGGGGGUGUGGAUGAAGAGCUACGAAAAUCGGUGAAGGCAGCUCUGGGUCCAGCAGCAGUCAAUAGUGAUGAUGAUGUUGAGGAGGAAGAAGACCUCAGUGACUCAGAGAUGUUCCAACUAGAUGAACAGUUAGCAGCUGCUUUCAAGUCAAUGAAGCGCCCCACCAAGAAGGAACGAAAAAAGAAGAGAGUGGCCAUCACAUGUUUUCAACUCAGGGCUCUUGAUUUAGUGGAAGUUGUGAUCAAGGGAGAGCAGUGUGGAUCUUUAGGCCUGGAGUUGCUGGAACCCUUGCUACAGCUUGUGGUCUUGAAGGUGAAACCUAAAGGUGAAGGUCAGCAGUCAGGAGAGCUGCAGCUUUGCAAGCGGGCAACAGAGUUGUUUCAUCUUCUUUGUAAACAAAGGAAUCUGGUGGAUCACAUUCACACUAGAGAGGAGAUGCUGGAGGUGACUCAGACCCUUCUACAGAUGGCACAUACUGUGAAUACUCCACAACUGGCUACUGAAGUAGCUAAUGGCUGCUUAUUUAUCAUGCGACUUAUGACACAGCCAGCAGCUACAGAAACAUCUCCCAUAAAAACGCGUGGUUCAUGUAAAACUUCUGAACUUGAUAAUAACACAAAACACACUUCUGAUGAAGGGCAAUUAGCAUUCUUGGACAUCAUCAAAGGAGCUUUAAAUGAGGACUUUGUGAUCAGGAGAAAUCCAAAAAUUAACACAGCUUUCUACUCGUCAAUGAUCCAGAAGUAUCCGGUGGUAUUCUGGCCCCUGUCUGAAGUUUUAAUGAAGUCACUGCACAAUCCUGACACCAAGGUCCACACUAAGACCCAAGCCUGCGCUUUUCUUGGCAGUCUCCUUCGGCUGAACAAGAGGGAGACUUUGUCUCAGUCUCAGUGGGAAGCAUUUGUAAAUGCUGCAUCACCACUAUUCAGAGAGGUGGCGCUGCUUCAACAGAAGGAAAAUCUGAAAUUAGGUUUAAUGCAGGAGUUUCUUAUGGCUUUGUACCAUGCAGCAGUCAUGGCAAAUGAAAUAGAAAAGCAGAUAUUAUUACCAGCAGAUGUUAUGGACCAUUUAACAACGCUGAAAAGUGCAUUCAACAAGGAUACAAGAUGUGCACAUAACAAACUAACACAUUUGCUUUACCAAGCAGAGCACAGAAAAACGAAAGGGCAGAAACGGAAGAGAAGUGUAACAAAUGCAGACAGUCACCAGAAUUCAGACUCAGAAAAUCGUAGUGUUUCUGUUUGAUAUAAAAAUUUGAGGACUGAGAAAAUGAAUGAAAAUAUAAAUAUUUCUAA